AAAUAUCCAAUUAGAAAUUCCAAACUGAUAGAAAGCAGCGGCAGUUUCUCCUCCGCCAAACCCCUCUUCUUCCUCCGACGAAUUCACGCCGCCAUCGCUCCCCUCUCCGGCGAAUCCAACCAGAUCGCCAGAGCUUCACCAGCGCCAGCCGUCUCCCGGCUCUCACUCCUCUAAUCCUUUCUCAACUCGAUUCACACCAUUAAUUUCCCAAUUAGAACCCUUAAUUUGGGAGAUGCAGCGCCUACCUCCGCCUCUCUCUCCGUCGAGUUUUUCUCUCCCGACGAAGUCGCCGACAGAGAAGGUGUCGCCUUUCACUCUCCGUCUCCCUCUCUGUUUUCUUUUCUCCGCCGGGACUCUUCCUCCGGAGACCGCAGCGCCGCCACCGAACAAGUGUCGGGGAGCUUCUAGCGCUGCGUACUCUCUCCGGCUCUCUUCCUCGCGCGUGGGAGUUUCGAGGUCCGCCGUCGCACCCACGCCGCCAGCUUCAACGGGCAGAGCCGCUGCCGGUGCCGGUGCCGCCUCCGGCUUCCGUCGAGCUCUCCUUCCUCCGUCGAGCCUCUCGUCGGCUGCGGGUCUCCAGCCGUUGACGAGGAGUUUUCCCAGCGCCCCUCGCGAUGGCCUCCGUCGAGCUCUCCGGCGCUCCGCCGUCGCUCGACCAUCGCCAGACAGCUCCACGUAUACUAAGGUUAAGAGACAACUCAUGCUAUCUCUAGGAGACUACUAAUUGACCUCUUGGCAUGGAGUGGGGAUCAAGAAUCGAGAUGUGUGUAGAGAGGAUCCUCAAUGAAGAUUUAGCAAAUCCCUACUUUUGUUUCUUUACUUCAUUUAGCUUUCUUAGGAAAUUUCUUUUGUAAAGUAGAUAUAUCUUCUCUACUUGUUCCAGCACCAAUAUCCAUGUAAUCUUUUUCAUGAAAGGUAGUUCUCCUAUAUUGUAAGGUAUACCUCCAACCUUUCUUCUUUUGAAUAAAUUCCAAUAACACUUGCACACCUAUUUAUGUGAAAUUCUUGGCAUUCUCCUU